UGGGAGCCCAGACAGGGCUUUUGUAAUCAAAACAUGAUCUUGUAUGCUGUGCAGCCAGUACUGAGAAAGGCCGUCUGAUGGCUCUCCUCUUUUAGCUCUGCUGUGGAAUCCGCCGAGCUUCACCUCUGAUGUCCAAAAUGCACCGAUCUGUGAGUGCUGCCUUUGUUGAUGCCACUGUGGACGAUGCAGUGUUGCGGAAAAAAGAACAAAAAGAUGUCGAACUGGAUAAGAAAAUCAUAGCUUUGCGGAAAAAGAACGAAGCCCUUAUGCGAAGAUAUCAUGAAAUAGAAGAGGACAGGAAGCGAGCAGAGCAGGAGGGUAUGGCUGUCACGUCAAGGAAAGCCAGGCCAGAUGGCCUCACCAUCACCAUCACCAAAGCCCAUAACGAGAAAAGAGUCGUGAGUGAGAAAUGGGGAAGCAGCGGCCCUCCUGCCUCCAGUUUUGGGAUUGGAAGUGAGGAGGAGGAAGAUGACGAAGAAUCUGAUCACUUGUUUACAUUCAGGAUGGGGAAGAGGGUUCAGUUGGCUGUUACCAUGGACAACAAAGCCAAGGGAAAGCGGGUUGUGAGUGAAAAACGGGGAUCAGAGUGUCUUGUGAGCCCAGGGGAGGCCCCAGACAUCAGUGAAGAAGAGAUUGAUCAGUUGGUUGCUUUCCGCAGGGGAAGAAGGAUGCAGAUUGCUAUUACAAUGGACAACAAAGGCAGGGUGGAUGAAAAGAGAACGGUGGAGAGGAGGUGGUCAGAGGGUGACAAGCAUUCAGAGAAUGUGCUUGUCAGAAAGGAGAGAGGAAAAUCUCCCCAGAAGAGCCCAGGGGAUAAGGGCUCUACCCUGACCGGGAGAGAGCGGUCGGAAUACAUGCGGUGGAAGAAGGAACGGGAUCAGAUUGACCUGGAGCGACUGGCACGCCACAAGAACGCAAGGGGGGAAUGGCGGCGGGCUUGGGACACAGAAAAAUCAGAGCACAUGUUUGAGGAUACUAAAGAUGGAGAGCCAGCUUUGGAUUGUGUCCACAACAAGAAAGGAGGAAGAAAUGCCAGGAAGUCCCAGCACCGAUCCUUGCCUUCUGAAGGAAAAAGUGGAGGUCAGCACAGAAGAAGCACCAGUGAGUCUGCUGCCAGAACACUGCCAGUAGUGAGCAGUAAAGCCAGAGGGAAGGACAGACUAACAGGCAGAGCCAGAAGAUGGGAUGCCAAGGAAGGUGAAGAAAUGCCCUUUGUAAAGGAUGAACCUGAUAAGCAGAGAUCCUCAAGCAACGAGCAACUGAAAAAGCAAGCUCUGGCUAGUGAAGCAGUCAAGGAGCAUAACUUCCCAGCAGGCCUAGAGAAUAAUAUAAAGCCCCCGGAACACAGUGCUCCCUUGCCUCAAGCCCAAAGAGAUGAAUGGAACCAAACUGCAGGUGAAGAGCAGGGUGCAAAUGAAAAAGCCAGGAGGUGCCUAACCCAGGGCAUGUCUCCCGCAAUCAGUGCGGAUGAGACCGGGGCAGAUCUCAAACUCAGUAAGUCUGUAACUGGGACUGAUUUGUCUCCCAAGGGCAACUAUAUGAACAGCAGCUCUUGUCAGGGAAUGCCUGGGAAUGUGGUGCAGACUUCUGGGCGCGACCUUCAAGAAAUCAAUUCCAUAGUCUAUGAAGGUGGCUUAGACAAAAGUGUGUAUUGUGAACGGAACCCUUGUGGGGGGCAGGCAGGAAACCGUAGUGAGCUGUUGAACAAGGAAGAAGGAGGUGGUGAAGGCCAAGGGCUGAUAACAGUAGGACAAGAAGAAGAGAACCAAGUUGGUGGCCUCCAGAAGGAGAUAAUCCCUGUGAAAGAAAGUGACGCUGCAGCCUGCCUUCUUCGAACGGAGGAGUCCAGGCCUCCAUGUAAAGGAAUUUCAGACCCGAUGAAUGAAUCUGUACAGGGAGGGGCACAAAUGAGGAACAAGGCAGAAGACCAACCUCCGUCGUGCAGUAACAAAGCACAGGAUUAAGACUGAACAUACAGGCCUCCGUAGAGGCCAAAGGACAACGUGCUAAAGCAAAUCUGGUUGCAAAGGAAGAGGAGCACAAUCUCCCCCUCUGACACUGACCUACAGCACUUGGCCUUCAGCUCCCAGCGGU